CCUAUGUGUCAUUUGGGUUUUUGUCAUCAGGCUCCGCCAGAAAAGACAGUUAUUUAUUUUCACAUGUGUUGGAAGUGACCUUCGGUGUGCGAGUGUCAUUCUCAAACCCUUCCAGCUUGCUGGUGCCCACAAGGUUGGAGGGGUUCUAUUGAAAUUAUAUUGGUGAUUUUCGGUCAGUCACACAUUCAUCUCGCAUCCAAACCUCAAGUCCAAGGUUUUCCGUGUCACCAUGCCAUCAAAUAGCCGAGAACGCGGCCCAAGGUCGUCAGCUGAAAAUUACGUCGGGCUUUAUGGUGAAGACAGCAGAACAUAAUGGCGAUGCAUCAUCUUCAGUGCACAAAAUAUGCGUGCUAAAAAAACCUGUUACAGCUGGAACGCGAGGAGCCACGGUCUCUUUUUACUCGAUUACUGCAAGGCAUGUUUGAUGGUGAUGAGGAGAAAUGAACUUCCGGACGGGAGUUUUUCACGUAGAGGUGCUCUGUUUACAUGUCUUGUGAACUUUGAAGUAAAUUUACUUGUGGUAGGUAACGCGGUUUACGCAUAGACGGUUUGAUUAGUUGUAAGGCAUGAUAAACACCAAUUUGAACAAUUUUUCCUUUCCUUUGCUUUUGUGUUUGACCAUAUCUCCUGUGAUGUUUUUAAAUCAAUUUGGUGAGAGCUCCAUUCCCAAUGCUGAAAUUCACCCCGGAUCAAAUUUGACACAUAAACAGAUAGCUCAGCUUUUACGACAACAUGGCUACGGUGUUAUUGAAUAUGAGCAUGAAUCGCCCUUGGCGGUUGACGACGACAUCAUAUACACGCCAGAGCAAGUACUUCCGGAGCUCUUCGGCCAUGUGCGCGCGGCGACGAACAUCCUGCGGUCGAGUAGAGUGUGGCUGGACAAGGAGGGACGAGCGAGUGUUAACUACUUCUACGACACGGAGACGAAGGCCAACCGGAAGUUGUUCCAACAAGCCUUAGACACGUGGGCCUCAUCCACUUGCAUCACUUUCAAAAAACUAGCGGACGGGAAAUGCACGAGGAAAACGACCGAGCCCGGCAUCUGCGUAGGCAACCGAGACCUGUGCCAGUCCAUGAUUGGCAACAAUUUUAAGUACACGAAGGGCUUCCAGAAGUUGUCGAUUGGGGACGACUGCGAGCUGUUCGCAGCUGCGCACGAGUUCGGCCACGCGCUCGGGCUGCACCACCAAAUGGGACGAUAUGACCGUGAUCAGUUUAUCACCGUCAACUUUCGCAACUUCGAGCUCGAACUGAUGUCAAAAGCCAAAACGGAGGAGCACUUUCGUUUCAAGUGGAACCAAGGAAAGAGAUGCAAAAAGGGGCAGACAUUUGAAACGAGUAUCCCGGUGCCCUAUGAUUACAUGUCACUAAUGCAGUACGGUGAAUCUGACUUUGCGGACGCAGACUAUCGGAUCAUUUUCGCCACUCGUGAUGCACAUUACCAGUACAUGUUUGACUACGCCAGAUCUGGCGGGUAUCUUCAAACGCAUUACGAUAAAUUUGUCUUGAACUCGGUCUACAAGUGUCCGGAAAAGUGGGCUGCAGCAUGCAGAAAAUCCGGCAGCACUCCUCCCAAAUGCCAGCAUAACGGAUAUGUGAAUAAAGACUGCAAGUGCGCCUGCCCUGAAGGAUUUCGAGGGUCGCAAUGCGAAAAGAAGCACGGUUCUUUGUUUCCUGUAUUGGACAGAGCCAAAGUGAUGAUAGACGUCAGCAAGCCGGGGCGUGUCGUGCUCAAAGGAAAGGGAAUGCACACCAACAAUGAUAACUACCCGUUGAGAAGGUUCAUUUAUUACCAAUACGUCACCGUAGUGAUAAAAGGUCAGGACGCGAAAACCAUGACGAGCGUCCGUGUGUAUGAACCAGGCGAUGUAGCCAAGUCGUACACCCUGAAACUGGGCAAGAUACUGAGCUACUUUCAACAGCUGGAGUCAAACGACUGCGAGUAUGGCUUUCUUUUCUUUUGGGGCAACUCUUCUAGAGGCCUCAUGCGUACCGAGUGCUUCUCCUCGUUCGUCAACAACGAGCCGAAGGAGAACGCGCCGGUCUUUCGCGCGAAAGAUCGCUUCAUGGACAUUGUCAUGAUCGCAAAGCUGGGCGAGAUGUUCAGCUACGCUGGGUUCACCAAGUGGAUGCUGGAGAUGCUGCAGAUCACUGUGUCGUUCCCGCAGCGGCCGCAGGGUGCGCUGAAGCUCAUGCAGUCCCCUGGCGGCACCAUGGUGAGCGGCGAAGACAACAGCACGGUGCAGGGGGCCGCCGCCCUCCGCAAGGCCAUGUCCACGCUAGGCGGUGUAGCAGCCGUGAUUGGCGUGUCGCUGGCAUUGCUGCUGCUCAGCGCCGGGGGCAUAGCCGCCGGCGUGAUCUGCUGGAAAAAAAGGAACGCCAAGCAGGAAACUGGUGUGAAAGACGCUUUCGUGAAGACGUUCCGUCUCGAAUCGUCCUCCUCCGGAAGUGAACCUUCGAGUGAAAGCGGCAGUGAUUGACUGGCAAUGUGUGCUGCUGGCAAUGCCAAACGUUUCCGAUAGAUUUCUGGUCGGUCGGGUCUUGGGCUAUAUGUGACAGUGUCUUGGUCGGGUGCUGAGUGGCAGCGUAGGGCUUUGCUGCGCCACAAGAGUGCUAACAUGAUUAUGACCGCUACGGUCAGGUAAAUGCCGACACAUUUAUCCUUAGCUUGGGUUCGUUGUGAGCGCUGUGGCGACCCCGAUAGGCUUGAAAGGCUUGGAUGUGUUAACAACAUUUUAGAAUUAAGAAGACUGGGACAGGUGUGUUAGCACCGAAACCGACUCAAUUAGGGUGAAACGGCCUCCAUACUGACCUGUGGCAGGCAAAGUGCGGCCGCUCAGAUAAACUCGUCGGGACGAGAAAACCCAGAAAGACACGUGCGUACUGCAACACCAGAAACAGCUUACUCAUGCGGGUGACGGGGGACAAGAACUAGCUUCCGGAAGGGGCGAGGAGGAGUCCAAAUUUUAGGAGGAACUGCGGUACUUUCCAGUGAACAAUUUGAGUGAAAGUGUACCGUGCGAAUUUCCGUAAAGAAGGCACCCUGAAAAUGUCCCAGGUAUCAUCUCUGACUCAUCCGUGCAAUAGCAACUCUAGCCAACAACUGAAGUUUUACAAGCCACAGCUGUGGUUAAAGUUGCAGUUGACGUGAUUCCACAGCUAGUGAAUAAAUACACGAAUGGCAUCUACAUAAUCACGCUGAAGUUUAAAAUCGUCACCUUAGUUUCCAGUUUCUCGGAAGCUUGUGAGAGUCGAUUUCCGCAUUUUCACGCACCACAUGGGUGGGCCGAGCGUCUUAACGGCAGCCCCUACCAAUGUCUUCUGUACCAACCUCAUCACGUAGCUUACCG